AUGUUGGAUCUUUGUGCUACUUACACAGGACCCGAUUUUCCAGUGAAUGUUCUGUGCCACACCCUGUACAAGAGGACGUUAUCUAAAGUGGGAGUGUUCGACUCUUUCGCUGGUUCUGGAGUGGAUAUUUGCAUCUUCUCCAUCCUCACUCUAUUGUUUCGAGUAACUGAAAAGACGGCCACACCCACUACUGUCGUACUGAAAGGAGUGAACGCUGUUAUCGGUUUCUUCUACCGUGCUGCCAUGAUGGGUGACAUCUCAGAAAUGGCAUGGAGGUAUUUUGCUCUUUCCGUGCCCGUCGCAGCCAUCUUUGGACCACUGGGUAGCUUCCUUGGCUCACAUCUCCACAGACAACUGGCAUCAUAUUGGGCGGUAUGGUGUUCUUCACGUUCAUUGCAAAGGCUGGGCAAAGAAUCAAAUGAAGGACCGUUUGAAGAAUAA